AUGAAAGGUUUAAACAGAGCCACCCGCAUAUAUACAUUACCAAAAUUUCAUGUAAAAUCAAAGAAAGUAAAAUAUGAAGUUAAAGAAACUUCUACUUUGGAAAUCAAUAGUCUACCUUCUGAGGAAAGUUCAGUUGAAGAAACUGAAGUCUUGUCAACUACCAAUUAUAUUUCACCAGAA